UGCGAAUUAGCGGGGGCAUUCGAUGAAAAUUUCAAUCGGGCAGAGGCAGAGACCGAAAAUUAAAUUCCUCAAAACUAAAAAGUGGCAUGCAGUGCGCAAACAAUUACAAUUUACACAGGUAGAUAUGGAACAUUUUGGAGAGAAAAUGGAGUUGCUUAAAUUCUCCAAAUUCAAGCUCCAGCUUCGAACGCUCAUCACCGAAGUCCGAGAACUCAGAGAAAAGGAACGCUCUGCCACCGAGCAACUUCGUCUUCUUAUUCAGAAACAAAAGCAAACCGAGGAAGAAUACGGGAGGAAAUUACAGGAAGCGCAGGCUGAAUUAGCUUCCUCCAAUGAGCUGCGCCAAAAACUCGAAAGAGAGGCAAGGUACCUUCAGAAUGACAAUUCUAUGCUCGAGAACAAGCAAAAAGAGUUGAAAGGAACGAUACAAAGCCUACUCCAGUCGAGGGACACAUUCGUUAAUGCUUAUGAGGAAUCCACUUGUGAAAUGAAACGCUCAAUUCAGUGCAGAGAUAGAAAGCUUUCUGUCCUAUCUGAGAAGAUUAAAUAUCAUCUAUUGCUAUUUGAUUCAAUAGAAAAGGAGGCAAUGUCUGUAAAGAAAGUUGUGGAUAACGUGCAACGUAUCGUGAGUGAAAAAGAGGAAGUAGUAGCUGGCUUAAAGAGCAAAUUGGAUACUGUUUCCACAUUUGAGAAAGUAUUUAUAGAAAGGAUCUGUGACCUCGAAAGCAAACUGAAUAAUUAUGAAGGUGAGACUCGGAGAAAGGAUAGAGUCAUCUCAGAACUAGAAGCACUGAUGGAGGCAGCAAAAAUUUGCAAUAACAGCCAUACACAAAUAGAAGAGCUUCAGAAAAUUAUAUCAUCAAAGGAUGUUGUCAUACAGAAUUUGAUGUCAGAAAAACAGGCAUUGCAUUUUGAAGUUGGGAGUUUGGGGAUUAUCUUAAGGAAGAUUCAAGACACUGUUAGAAGUAUGAAUGAAGAGGAUAAAGGGGUAAUUUCCUCAAUGCUGGAACGCCAAGGAGGAUGCAAUAUGAUUUUGACGAAAGAAGAUAAUAGGAUUGAAGAUGCAGUCAACAACAAUGCAGAAAAGUCGCAAGAAAAGGCUUAUGGGACAGGCGUUGGAGGAAAUACAAGUUUUUCUUGUUCACCUAUUUCUCAAAAGUACAAGUCAGCUGGCAACGACUUGCAAGAGAACAAUAACUUUGACUCCUGUGUGUCAGAGUUUAACUGUUCUUCCCCACAGUCGGCUUCCUCAAAACCUCAAUCAGGAGCUACUCUUCCAAGUGCCUCCGUAAAUGAUAGAAAGGAUAAUUGCACAACAUCAAUGCAUAUAGAUUCAGAGUGCUCAACAACCCAAGAUUAAGCCUCAAAUAAUCCAAAUUAGGUUCGUGGACAGUACCCAUCACAUCAUUUUCAUCAUGGGAAGCAUAACUGCAUAAGUAGGAGGAUGCAAAGACGCUGGGAGUUGGCAUCAGAAAUUAGGUAAAUUCUAUAGCUGUCUUAAAAUAGUAGAUAUUGUGGAUGUAGAACAGGUUGGGCUAUGGUGACUUGAGCCCACCCUGUAGUUUUAUUUUAUUCUUUUGGUGGGCUGACCUUACAAUGCUAGGUGCGUUUUUUUGAAGAAUCUCUGGUGUUGAAAGCUUCAAUUUUUUUAAC